UAGAGACUGGGGACGGAGAACGGAGCACCGCAUUGAAGAGGCAAAAAACUCUUGCGUGACAACAUAAUUUACGGGUAGAAGUUGCUAGAGGAGGAGGUGUCGGCUUCAGCUUUACACUAAGGAGACUCGGACAGUCCAUUCAGUCUCGUGAUAUCGAUCGUACUGGGAGGACGUUUCGCAAACACGCUUAGUAAGAGCAGAAAUCCUUUCAGCGAAAACAUCACUGCCCUCAUUUUUAAGCCCAAAUUCAAUUGAACAUCUAAAGGUCAGUUCUGCGGCGAUAAGAGCGUGAUAAUCUCGUAUAAAUUCUGCUGCUCGACGAUUUGGUCGCUCAUUUCAAGUUGGGAGCAGAGCCGCUUCUAGAGCUUACUCUCCAAAGGAAGGAACGCCCUCUCAGGUGCGACCUGCCGGGAGCGUCAAGUGAAAGGCUCAACCGUAAUAUUGGGACAAGCAAUUUGUGGUGCUCAAGGCCGCAAAUGAGUUCAACCUAAAGCACGUUGGAGAAGAUCAUGAGCUUUGUUGCUGCAGUGCUUGAAUUCAGAUUGCACCCGAUUUACUACUCAGACUUCUCUGACACGUGAAGCAGCUCCGAAAUCCACAGUCGUCACUUGUGCCCAGGACUUGCAAAUUUAAUUCCAAGAAAAACAUUUAAUUUGGAUAUCAAAUAAUCCCAGUACCACUGAGUCUCAAGUUUAUGUCCAAAAGAGCACCGCAAGGCAACAUGGAUAUUCUUGCUAACAAUCCAGUUUUGAAGUCGUUUGUGGCGGGAUCCUUUUCUGGGACCUGUUCAACAAUUUUGUUCCAACCUCUCGACUUGGUUAAAACCAGACUUCAAAAUCCUAUCCCAGCAACACUUGGUGCUCCAGCCACCCCAGGAAUGUUCAAUCUCAUCGGACACAUUGUGGAAAAAGAGCAUUUAAGAGGCCUAUGGAAGGGCAUGACUCCAUCACUGACGAGGACAGUGCCCGGAGUUGGCCUUUACUUUUCUUCUCUGCACUGGCUCAAGGGCAAAUAUGUGGAACCAGGCAAAGAACUGGAGCCUCUGCAAGCCGUGGUUCUUGGCGUGGUCGCCAGAAGCAUGAGUGGAGUCUGCAUGAUUCCCAUCACGGUCAUCAAAACACGAUAUGAGAGCGGAGUCUAUGAGUACAGAGGCAUUACGUCAGCGCUCAGAGCCAUUUACAAGACUGAGGGGGUUAAGGGUCUCUGCUGCGGACUGGUGCCCACUUUGUUCAGAGAUGCUCCAUUCUCUGGACUCUACCUGCUUUUCUACUCGCAAACCAAACAGGCUCUCCCUCAAGAAUGGUGGAAUACUCAACUGGCUGCCCCCCUGCACUUCUCUUGCGGCAUUCUAGCUGGUCUGAUGGCCUCAGCUGUCACCCAACCUGCCGAUGUCAUCAAAACAAAAAUGCAACUGUAUCCAGAAAAGUACAACAACGUGUUGGCCGUCAUGUCUCACAUCCAGCGCAAGUACGGCAUGCAAGGCUACUUCAGGGGCCUGGUGCCUCGCAUGUUGAGGAGGACCCUGAUGGCAGCGAUGGCGUGGACCGUUUACGAGCAGAUGAUGCGCAACAUGGGCAUCAAAUGACACGAAAUUGAGCCUGGCUCAGGACCGCCAACUUAGUUAGUGCUGUAGUCGUAAUUUUUUAAUUGUAAGAAAAUGGUACUAAGUAAGGAAGUGUCCUCAACCUGAGCAAGGGAGAUAAUUUUACUCAAGUUCACAUGGUUAGUAAAGAGCUGCUGUUAAUGCAAACAAAAUUUUUACAACGCAACUGUGAAAAAGCAACUUCUAGCAAUUCCUUUUAAAUGUACAGAUCAUGCCAUUUGGGAGUUGUUACUAUGAUGGUUUUAAAACCACUUUGCUGUCACUUACAAUGAGACCAGUAUUACAUCAAGGAUGUUGGAAAACUUUUACCUUUACGCAUUAAUACAGCAAACGUGGCUUCAUGGUAAUACAGCUCUUAGGAUUGCACAUACCUAUUUGCCAUUCUAAAUAUAUAUAUUUCGCUAAGACUGAUGUUAUUUAAUAAGGAAAUAUUUUGCUAAAAUUAUGUAUUUUUUGUAGUUUCUUCUUUGAUGUCGUUUGUUUGACAAAAGAGAGAAAUAAAAAUAGAUUCCAAGACUGCUGGCCAUAGCAGAGUCAAAUAGAUAUAUGUAAUUUAUUAAACUGUGAGAUGCUUUGAAUGCACUAUUCUGUAAUAAUGACCGCAACGAUGCUGUGACAAAAUCUUAAGUUCAAAUAAAGUAUAUAAAGUUAAAUAAAAAUAAA